AUGGCGGUCAUCUUGGUGUUGCUGCUGUGUUUGACCAGUUGUCCUCUCAGUCAAGCUCUUCCAGUACCGAUUUCUGGAGGUGAUGUUCAAGAUGCUGAGGUGGACAAGAGAAUAGUAUCUGAGAUAAUACGGGAAACAAACAAAGAUAUCGUCAAUGAUGAUGAGACCCAUUUUAGGCCGGUGUCCGAUAUAAUAGAGGAAGUAAACAAAGAUACCUCUGUUCUGCUUGUGGAAGGUGACAUUAGGCCUAACCUUGACCGCAGUGUGACGGAAUGUACAAGAUGCUUGUGGUUAAAGUCCCAGGAUGGAAGAGUUCGAGUCCCAUAUACUACCCCCUCACCCACAUACACGAAUUUUGAAAGAUCGAUGUUUAUUUCGGCUAUGAAGGAAUUUGAGGUGAUGACCUGCAUACAGUUUGUCAGCAGAAGCACCGAGAAUGACUAUCUGAGUAUAGAGGAUGGAUCGGGCUGUUGGUCAUACGUUGGGAAGAUGGGGGGUAAACAGACAAUGAGUCUCUCUAUGGCCGGAUGUAUCAAGUACAAUAUCAUACAACAUGAAUUCAUGCACGCUCUGGGCUUCUAUCAUGAAUUCACAAGAAGUGACCGGGAUGACUACAUAGACAUCAUGUGGCAGAACAUUUCUCCAGGUGAUCGGCCUUAUUUCUACUUGGAUAAUGGGAAUACCCAGGACAUUCCUUACGAUUACAAUUCUAUUGUGCAUUAUACAAA